AUGGCCAUGUCCACUCCGCCACGUGUGCUGAGCCAGCGGAAGCCCACGCCGCCCACGGACCCAUUCUGGCAGUCCACCCCACGGACCAACUCUCCCAGCUUGAAUUCCCUCAAAAAAGCAAUCCAGCAGGCUGUCCCGGGAAGCCCUCCCUCGCUGAAUAAGAUCGCGAGGGCUGUAGUUCGUCGUCCCACAUGCACGCACACGACUAUGAACCGGGUGUACGGCGACCAUGCCUGUUCCAUGUGCGGACACACUCCCGAGAUCGGUUGGGUCUACGCUUGUCAGCAGGACGAUCAGCUCGUGCGCGAACUGCCUCUGCCUUUGACUGUACCUUCUGCACUACCGGACGGUAUCAGCUAUUUUGAGGCCAUGGCACGGCUGGCCGAGCACAUUCACAUGAGUGCAAGCAUUGUACAGGGCAUUAGAGCUGGAAACUACAGCUCGCAGCAGGUCGUCAAACUUCUGAAGCAGAAAGAGGAACUUAUCGCGGCCAUCAAAAUGAAAGAGGAAGCAGCCGCUGAGCGUGCCACAUCUUCUGUCAGGUUUGUUGAGAGCGAAUAUGGCGGCAUCAUCUCCUCUGUGGGAACAUCUGCUCCACUCCACAACGGCCAAAACCCAACUACUGCCAUGAAAGCAUUGGACACGUCUACCACGGAAUCUGUCUCGACACCAGUUCAGCUGACAGAAAAGUCGACGACCAAGAAGCAGCCGAGUGCCAAAUGUGCAUACAAAGUUUGCCAGACCUGCCGUCCGCUGUUCGAGGACCGCAUGUACGCCAGCUUCGAGGCUGUCCUCAAUGGCGAGUGUCUGCCAUUGUCUGGGAAAGACAUCCAAUGCCUGCCCGUCAUGAACAGCAGAGUAGCUGCAAAUUUCGGCAUUCGUCAGCCGCUGACCCCGGAAAGCCUCGAGUCGAACAGCAAAGACAUCACCAUGUGCGAUAGCAAUGACACCGAAGACGAAAUUUCCGUGGACUGGACUCCUACCGAAGCCGGAGAUUCAUUCUUGGAGCACCUCAACAGCGCUGAGCUCUACCCUUGCCCAGGUCCUCACCAGUGUCCAGUCUACAGCCGCAAUUCUGGCUGUGCAUACGAUGAUGGCUUCGAUGAUGGCCGACGCGCCGUCAACCACGGCUUUACAUUUCACACCGACGACGUUCGCAUGACUGCAGAGAAGCUGCGCCAGUUACACAUGCUCGACACAUCGUCGACGGCUUCAUCUCUCAGCCUCCCGACACCUCCGUCGGUUCCACGAAUUCCACAGCUCUCCACCGAUGAGGCAUUCGCCGCUACUCUCAAGAAGAAGCUGGGCAAAGCCAGGUCUUCAGAUUUCCCGAGAACCACCUUGCGUACCAKAGGUAGCAACAGUAGCUUUGGAAGCGAGGUCGAGGUACAGGGUGGCGUGGCGUUGACUGAAGAAUCUAUCGGUCGUGGAACGCCCGACAUUCUCACCAUUGACUAG